AUGCCGCCGUCAGUUCGGGGCGGGAGCAGCGCGGUUCUGGAGCCGAGACGAGCGCGCAGACAUCGGUGGUGGUGGUGGGGGGGGGAGAAGGACACAGACGAUCCGAACAAGGGGGUGGCGGUGCCCGUGGUGCCUGUGGUGGUUGGUGCUCGCUCCGACGCGCAGCCAUGGGGGAGCUGUCAGACUGCUGCCCCCUGGUCGGUGCAGCGUCCUCGGGGAAGCUGCGGCUGGUCCGGCUGCUGGUGGAGGGAAGGGGCGGACGUGAACGGGUCGAGCCUGAGAGGAGAGACGCCGCUGCUGGCUGCGUGUAAGAGUCUGCAACAUCCCGGCGUGGAAACAGGAGCGGACAUCGUCAAAGUGAUCAACUACCUGCUGCAAAACAAGGCCGAUCCAAAUUGCCAGGACCAGAGCGGCCGGACUGCCCUGAUGUUGGCCUGUGCGCAGAGGGCCACAGCUGUAGUGUCCGGGCUCCUGAGGGCCGGAGCCGACCCCACCGUACAGGACCAGUGUGGGGCCUCAGCGCUGGUGUACGCAGCCAGAGCCCAGCACACGCCCACACUCAAGCUGAUCCUCGAAGCGUCCAGAGACAUGGGCAGGGACAUCGUCAUCGUCAUCGCUGCAGACACGAUCGCGAACGGAACCAACCUGAAGGAACUGACCCAGGACCACCUGAGCGUCCCCCCGUCCCCCGACCCCGCCCCCCUCUGCACGUCCCCGUCCGACGUCGUCCUCAAAACCAGGGACGUCUUCACCUUCAGAGGAGACGGCAGCAGAGGAGCUCACAGCCCCAGCUCGCCCGGGCAGAGAGCGUUUUCUGAACCGUGGCUCAAUAUUCCCCACCAGGCCCACCUCCACCGCGACCACAAGAGGGGGAUAAGGCAGAGAGAUCACCCCGACGUGGAAGAACACCAUCCAGGCAUCUCCCAGUCACUCCUCACCCUGUCUGACCCAAGCUCCACCCCUCCUGACCGGUUUCCCCCCUGCCCGGCGCCUGGGUCCUGGGGUCGCAGAAACACACUGCCCUCGCUAACAGCGGUGCCCUCCAUGCUGCGCUUUCCGCCUCUGAAUGGGAAAGAUCGAAGUCAAAAGUUUGCAUCCAAAGUUGGCGUGUUGUUUGUGCCACGCCCGCCCAGCUCAGCCCCGCCCCCCUCCAGCAAAGGGUCAACAAGAGCGGCUAUUCUGAAGCCCAGAGUCACAGGGUCCCCCGCACCCUCUCCUGUGGCGCCGACUGAAGCUUGUAAGAUAAAAAAUUUAGGAAAACACGUGAGGAGAGGACAACAGUAGUAAUAGAAUAGCAUUUCAACCCUAGACAUUCAUUUUCUGAUGUAUUUUAUAAUGUAUUUUGUUUCUUCAUCACAAACAUACCAGGAGUUGUUUUGUCUCAUUCACAUGUUUAACACACAAACCCUGCAGAUUUCUUGAGAUCUCGCUGUAUUUUUAAACCCCAUACACCUUCACUAGAAUCAUUUGGACGAUUUCAGCUCUGGAACUGCCAAUCUCUACUGAACUAAAGGUAAAAGGAGAAGUUAAUUUGACAACUUGAGAACAGAGCAUUUUGAGCUUUGGAGAAGUAGACAGACUAAUAAUGCAGGAUUACUCAAAUAUGUCAAAUAUGUGUGAAUGAAACAAAAUGCAGCUGCAGGAUGUUUCUAACAUGACUUAAAGCUCACAAUAUCUUUAAAUGAUUCUGUCAGAAGGCAUUUUAC